AUGCAAGGUACUACAGGCAUCGUCAAGAUCACAGAUUUUGGAGUCUCUGGAGAGCUGGAGGACGACUUGGAACAGAAGAUCAAGGUCACCUUUGUGAGGGCACCCCAGGGGCUUUGUCUUGAUUGGAGCCUCGGUGCUGAGGUUGGAACCAUACACUACAUGUCACCCGAACGUGUGGUCGGAAAGCCUUACCAGUACAACUCCGACACGUGGAGCCUGGGUCUCACGCUGAUGGAGUGCAUCCUGAUGCGAUACCCGUACUCGCGGGAGGAGGAAAGCAGCAAGCUGACAGUCUGGGAGCUCAUGAAGCGUAUUGACACGGAUGAGCCUCCCAGUUUGCCGCCGAAGCACAGCGCCAAGCUGCAGGAUUUCCUCCAGCAGGCUUUGCAGAAGGAUCCCCAGGUUCGACCCGGUGCCUCGACCAUGAAGGCGCAUCCAUGGCUGGAGGGCUUCUUCCAAUCAACCCACCUCAUGGAGCUGGCCAUGUGGAUUGCACCCCAGGUGCCCCCUGAGGAGGCACCGCGGCAGAGGUCGCGCCCUAAUCCGUUCCAAAUGCCCGGAGGAGGGUACCGUGCGUGCAGCCCGGCGAAGUCAACAGAGGGCCGUGAGACUCGCGCAUCGGUGGGAACUCCACGGCUGCCCGAAGGGAGCCCAGCUGCAAAACCGGAGAGCCGGGAGGCUCGAGAUGUACCUCCGCGAUUACCAGAGGGUAGUCCAGCUAGCAAACCUGAAGGCCGGGAGGCUCGAGAUGUACCUCCACGGCUGCCGGAAGGCAGCUUGAGACCGCCGAGGGGACCUCCUUCUGGGCACACAGCAAGCUCCCCCGAGGCAGAUGUGCGUUGGGAGCAUCCGAAGAUGGACCAAUCCUGGCACGGAGGUCGAUGCAACCCCUUCAGCGCCUUUCAGGCUGAAGUCAGUGCAUCCCCCGAAGCGCGUUCAGAGGCAAGGUCCAGAACGUCCUCCACAGGGGCCGAAGGGGAACUUCUCAUUUGA